CACUAAUAUGUGGCUGAUUCAGCUGGCUUCACUGGACAAACAGCUGCCCGGAACGGAGGCCCCUGCGUUGGUGUGGGCCAUAUAAGUGUUCAGAGUCACAGACGGCGGAUAGUUGAGCGUCGGACACUGGGCGAUGAAGAUGCACUUCGUAACAACGCUCCUGCUGGUCCUGGGAAGCGCCUGGAGCCCCUGCCUGGCCUACCUGCCCGACGUGAACAUUUUCACCAACUACCGCACCGAGGUGUAUAAUGGCAUUCCCUCCGAGAUUGACACCACACCGUUCGUUCGGAUCGGGGACAACUACUACUACAUCGAGCCGACAAACAAGGUCAACUGGUUUCAGGCGGCUGGCGCCUGCCGCAUGAUGAACGCCCACCUGGCCUCUGUCGAGGACAAGCCGGAAAUGGAGGCGCUAAUCAAGUACAUGAAGGCCAAGGGGUUCAAGAACAACGACUACUUCUGGAUAUCGGGCAACGACCUAGGCACCGAGGGCGCCUUCUACUGGAUGUCCAACGGGCGCCCGAUGACCUACGCCCCCUGGAAUGGGCCCAAGCAAAUGCCGGACAACUACGGCGGCAACGAGAACUGCGUGCACAUGUUCGCCACCCGGGAGAUGAUCAACGACGCCAACUGCAAGAUCCAGAUGCUGUACGUCUGCGAGGCGACGGAGCCCAAAACCUUUAAGUUCACCUACAUCAAGUGGUAGUAGUCCUUGCGCAGGGAGUUCGCCAUUCCUCUUCUGCCAAUAAGAGCCGAAAAUUACCUGAAAACAAUGUUAAACAAAUGUCAAAAUAUAUGUAGUGGUAGUAUAA